ACAAAAUCGUAAAAAUAAAAAACAAAAUAAAAUGGUGAACGAUUUACAAAUGAAUCGUUUGUAAAAUUAAUAUUUGUUAAACCAUUGCUUGUGUUGACAUUCUGAGCCACAUCGGCGUAGAGCAGUAAAAAAUACAACUAAAAACAGCAUGAAAACAGUACUUACGCGUUAGUUCUACGAAUAACAGUGUGACAAUAUGUUGUCGCGAUUCCACCACUAUCACGGAUCUAACAUAGUUCUGCUGGAGGAUAAUACUGUCGCAUUUAGGAGGGCGAGCUUUGCUCAUGGCCUCACGUUCAGUGAAAAGCCCCUGCUGCCGGGGGAAAUAUUUUUAGUGGAAAUCAUGAAAACCGAGCGCGGCUGGAGCGGCCACAUGAGGCUGGGCCUCACGCUGCUGGACCCGCAGACCGCGGCGCUCGGGGACAAGGGGCUGCCGCAGUACGCGCUGCCCGACCUCGCCAACACCGGCAUGUCGUGGAUCUUCCCAAUAUCCAAGUCUCAGAAUAAUGUUCUGAUCGAGCUAGUGAACCAAGGAGCGAGCGGCAGCCGCGGCGACAACGGGCGCGCCGUGAGCGAGCCGCGGCCCUCCGUGCUCGGCGACGGCCACACGGUGCGCACGCCGCGCGGCUGCAUCUCCAAGUCCAUCCUUAAGUCACAAACAGUCGUCGAAAACGGACACCAUCAAGGCAUUCUCCCCAUGGAUAAAGGCAGCCGUAUUGGUGUCAUGUUCGUCCCUUGCAUUAAAAAGUCCAAAGAUGAACCAGAUUUGGCAGAAAUGCAUUUCAUAAUCAAUGGAGAAGAUCAGGGUCCGUGCACAAAAGCUAUUCCUUACACAAGGGGCCCCUUACAUGCUGUUGUUGAUGUCUAUGGGACUACUAAAACUGUCAAGAUUGUGCAGCUAUAUGGAGUGAAAACUCUCCAGAACAUCUGCAGGGAUACAAUUCUUCAAUCUGUAAAUAAUGGAUCGGUGAAAGCUCUGCCUCUCCCAAAGUGUUUAAAGGACUUUUUACUUUCCUAAAUAGUAAAUUAUCACUUGUAUUUAUGUCUUGAGAAGACAAUAAGGCUGUUAGAAAAUAUUCUUGACAAUGUUAGUAAUGGUUUUAAACUACAUUUCUGUUUGCACCUGCGACCGUCAUCAGUGUGAGCUGUUAUCCAUUUAUUGUUUUACUGUGGUUCUUGUGUAUGUUAUAGUGAUGAUGAAUAAUUAAGACUUUGCUGAUCUGAUACUUGCUUUACAAAUAUUAAGUUAAAUCAUUGGAAAUCACUUCUGUAGCUAAACAUUGAUGUUGUUAACAUAUUUUUAUAAUCGCGUUGUGAUUUAAUUUAUAGCUUAUACAUAUUUACUUCUAUGACUCAGAUAACUAGUUUUCCAUACAUUGUAUUUCUUUACACCGUAAAAUGUGAAGGUGACCUAUUUUAUUCUGACAGGGUGAAUUUUCUGUAUGUGGCUUUCCUCAGUGGAACCUUUGUACAUAUCCCCUGAUUUUCAGCUAAGCCAGCCUAGCUUCUAUAUAAAUUGGAGCAAAAACCCUGGGUGUAGCAAUAGUUGAAAUACUGAUCUAUUCUGUUUAUCCAAGAAAAGAUAGUGAAGGUGAUGACUAUUUGUGACCCUCACCAAUAAACAUGCCAUUA